CUUUCCGCUUUCCUGCGGCGUGAUUGGCCCGAGUCUCUAGGAGGCGGCCAAUGGGCGCAGCCGCGGAGCGCGGCGAGGCCAACAUGGCUCCCAGCGCUUGGUGACGGUGUAGGAACCCGAGUUAAGUCCCAUGGAGAAGUCACGGCGUAUUGAGGAGACUCUGUCUUCGGAACCAAUGGAAGAAGAGGAAGAUGAUGACUUGGAGCUAUUUGCUGGUUAUGACAGUUUCCGGAGCUAUAACAGCAGUGCUGGCAGUGAAAGCAGCUCCUACCUAGAAGAGUCGAGUGAAGCAGAAAAUGAGGAUCGGGAAGCAGGGGAGCUACCCACCUCGCCCGUGCAUUUGCUUAGCCCUGGGACUCCCCGCUCCUUGGAUGGCAGUGGUUCUGAACCAGCUGUCUGUGAGAUGUGUGGGAUCGUGGGUACAAGGGAAGCCUUCUUCUCCAAGACCAAAAGAUUCUGCAGUGUGUCCUGUUCCAGGAGCUACUCCUCCAACUCCAAGAAAGCCAGUAUCUUGGCUAGAUUACAGGGAAAACCACCUACAAAAAAAGCAAAAGUCUUGCACAAGGCAGCCUGGUCUGCCAAAAUUGGAGCCUUCCUUCACUCCCAAGGGACAGGACAGCUAGCAGAUGGGACACCCACAGGACAAGACGCGCUGGUCCUGGGUUUCGACUGGGGGAAGUUCCUGAAGGACCACAGUUACAAGGCUGCUCCUGUCAGCUGUUUUAAACAUGUCCCGCUCUAUGACCAAUGGGAGGAUGUGAUGAAGGGGAUGAAGGUCGAGGUGCUCAACAGCGACGCUGUGCUUCCCAGCCGUGUGUACUGGAUCGCCUCUGUCAUCCAGGCAGCGGGCUACCGGGUGUUGCUCCGAUAUGAAGGCUUUGAAAAUGAUGCCAGCCACGACUUCUGGUGCAACCUGGGAACUGUGGAUGUCCAUCCCAUUGGCUGGUGCGCCAUCAACAGCAAGAUCCUGGUGCCCCCAAGAACCAUCCAUGCCAAGUUCACCGACUGGAAGGGCUACCUCAUGAAACGCUUGGUGGGCUCCAGGACUCUUCCUGUGGAUUUCCAUAUCAAGAUGGUAGAGAGCAUGAAGUACCCCUUCCGCCAGGGCAUGAGGCUGGAGGUGGUGGACAAGUCCCAGGUGUCACGGACCCGCAUGGCUGUGGUGGACACAGUAAUUGGGGGUCGCCUACGGCUCCUCUAUGAGGAUGGAGAUAGCGACGAUGACUUCUGGUGUCACAUGUGGAGUCCCCUGAUCCACCCAGUGGGCUGGUCACGUCGUGUUGGCCAUGGUAUCAAGCUGUCAGAGAAGCGUGGUGAUGUGGCCCACCACCCCACCUUCCGGAAGAUCUACUGCGAUGCUGUUCCUUACCUGUUCAAGAAGGUACGAGCUGUCUACACAGAAGGUGGAUGGUUUGAGGAGGGAAUGAAGCUGGAGGCCAUUGACCCCCUGAAUUUGGGCAAUAUCUGUGUGGCAACCAUCUGCAAGGUCCUCUUGGAUGGAUACCUGAUGAUCUGUGUGGAUGGGGGCUCCUCCACAGAUGGGUCAGACUGGUUCUGUUACCACGCCUCCUCCCAUGCCAUCUUCCCAGCCACCUUUUGCCAGAAGAAUGACAUUGAGCUAAUACCUCCAAAAGGGUACGACACACACACAUUCAACUGGGACACCUACUUGGAAAAGACCAAGUCCAAGGCAGCUCCAGCGCGACUCUUUAACAUGGACUGCCCCAACCAUGGCUUCAAGGUGGGCAUGAAGCUGGAAGCUGUGGACUUGAUGGAGCCCCGCCUUAUCUGCGUGGCCACGGUGAAGCGGGUGGUGCACCGGCUCCUCAGCAUUCACUUUGAUGGCUGGGACAACGAGUAUGACCAGUGGGUGGACUGCGAGUCUCCAGACAUUUACCCUGUUGGCUGGUGUGAGCUCACUGGCUACCAGCUCCAGCCACCCGUGGCCACAGAGCAGACCACCCCUCUGAAGGCCAAAGAGACCACAAAGAAGAAAAAGAAACAGUUUGGGAAGAAAAGAAAACGAAUGCCACCGGCCAAGUCCCGGCCCCUCAGACAGGGCUCCAAGAAAGCCCUGGUGGAGGACGACCAGCAGGCCACAGAGAAGAACUCGUCGGAGCCCAAUGAGAUCAUCGCUGUGCGCGUGAAAGAGGAGCAUCUCGAUGAGGCCUCGCCUGACAAGGCCCAGAGUCCAGAGCUGCCUGUCCCCCUUGAGAACAUCAAACAGGAGACAGACAAUUGAGCCUUUCCUACUGCCAGUGUGGUCAUUCCUGCUGGAAGUCAGCCCAGGGCUUCUGUGGCCAUACCAUCCCAAUUCACUUUGGAGACAACCAUUUUGUAUAAAUUCAGCCUUGAGGACCACGUACUGAAGGAUCAGUGAGGCCUCCUCUCAGACAAGACUGGUGUGACGGACUGCCAGAGUCUGAGUGAUUCGCUCUCCAGCAAAGACUUCCCAGAGUUCUUCUUUGCAAUUACCUCCUCCUUCCAUACCCCUCAGUUCCCCCCAAUCACAUCAGGAAAACAACAUAGUAAAGUGCCUGUCUUUAUGUGUGCGCACACACACUUGUCCAAGCAGGGCAUAAAUAAAGACCUGGAGCCACUCUGAGGGGAGACUCCCCUGGUUAAUGGCAGUGGUCUAAGGUACAACAAGUGGAGUAUCCUCUGCCAACUGGGUGGGUGCUCUGCCCUUUGCAGCCUCAGAAAGCUGGGAAACUACAUGCAGGCCCAGCUGUGGCCAGAAGGAGAGUUUCAGCAAGUUGUGAGGUGGCCUGACCUGUUUCCUCUGCUGACUUGCCCUCUCCUAUGGGGAAGUAGAGGAGCUGUGUGGUCUGCUGUCUGGAGGGGAAGACCCCACCAACUCCCCAGCCACUCAAGAGGCUUUGGUGGUAGAGGGGAGAUGUGGUAGGACUGGAAGCGAACCUACCUGUGGGGGGUGGGGGAGCAGCCAUCCAGAGACAAGAAAAGCCCUCUUCACUAGAACCUGUGGUUUCAUUCUUUCCUGGACAGGACACCCCAGACUUAAUAUGUAUGAAAAUUAAAUCCCUUACUUGGUAAAGUCUAA